CCAGUAUACCAUCAUCCUUUGCGGUUUUUUAAACGUAGCAUUACGUCAAGGUAUGAAACAGGAGGCCAUCUCCAAAGAGUGUGGUAAACAACUAAAUUAAUUUACUUCUCUUUAGUACAUAUGGAAAUAGUGAAAUAUGAAAAGAUAAUAUGAGAGGUCUUGAGUGUUGUCGCCGACAGGAUUCUUAGACAUUUGCCUCGGAUCCCCGGCUUUUUUUUGACUCACCAUGGCAGCAGCAAAGAUGACCUUACGGCUACGCAAGAAGAGUGCCCUGGACAAGUCCUCUGAGGUUUUGUCUGCCGAGGCGUCUCCAGACUCUAAGUGCCCGAUCUGUCUGGACCGAUUCAACAACAUGGCCUACCUUGAUCUCUGCUUGCACAAGUUCUGCUUCCGCUGCAUCCACGAGUGGUCCAAGAACAAAGCCGAGUGCCCGCUAUGCAAGCAGCCAUUCAACUCUAUCUAUCACAGUAUACAAUCAGAGAAGGACUUCAAGAAGUAUGACCUGCGGCCCACGGAGAACGGUUCCUUUGGGAGUUUCGCAGGGGAACGGUUCCGCUACCGCACCACGCUGACGGGGGCGCGUCGGCAGGACCAGAGAAGAACAUCCCCUCCCCCCGACAACGGGGUCAUGUUCGAGGCCCUAACGGGGGCUUCCCCCCCUCCUCGACAGGACCGAGGCCUCCGCCGCAUGAUGGCGCGCCUGGCGGCCAGGAGGCGGGCAGAAAGCGAGGGCCGGACCGUGCGCAGCCUCCGUGAGCAGGAGAUGAUCAAGUUCAGACGGGCGCUCUACCGGCGAGGGGUGCGAGUGCGGAGCGUGCGAGAUGGUGGUCGUUCCCGGGACAUCUCGGCGGAGUUCUUUCAGAAGAACCCGGCCUGCCUGCACCGCCUGUUGCCCUGGCUGAAGAGAGAGCUGGUGGUGCUGUACGGCGCUCAUGGCUCCCUGGUCAACAUCGUGCAGCACAUUAUCAUGUCCCGCAUCACCCGCUAUGACAUGGAGGACCGGGCCAUCCACGAGGAGCUGCAGCCCUUCCUCCAGGCCCGCACCGAUCACUUCCUGCAUGAGUUUGUCAACUUCGCCCGAGCACCCUUCAACAUGGAGGCCUACGACCAGCAUGCCGUCUACGACUGCCCUGCGCCGUCCUCGGACGAGGGCAGCAGCUCCAACUCCUCGGUGAUUGCCAUCUCCGAGGAUGAGGAGGAGGGCGAUUCUGUGGAGCUGGACCCCAUGUCCGGGGGUGCCCUGAGCCAGUCAACAUGGGACGACGAGACACCCGGACCUUCGUACUCCACAACAGAACCCACCAGGGCCCUCCUGCUAUCCAUCAGAGACUCGGACUCAGAGAGCAGUGUGGGGGAGGAGUGUGGAGCAGUGUUACAGCCAAAGGCCCAUCGCCUGACUGUGGACUCUGCUUGGGUGAAAACCGACAAGGACGGACAGGUGUGUACCUCCUCUGGCGAUGAGGAUUGCAUCAUCGUGGGCUUUGUAAAACCCCUUGCUGAAAGGACUCCGGAGCUGGUCAAGCUGUCCUCUGACUCAGAGGAGUCUGUUCUGGAGGAGAUCAAAGAUGAAGUGCCCAGGCUGCUUCAACACAUCCGCUUCACCAGCCUUAGCCCCACCUCCUCUCAAGGCCAAUGUCCUGGGAAGGCAGAGGGGGUGGAAAGGAAACAAGAUGUAUCGUGCUCCAAGGAGAGACGUAACACCUCACCCUCAAUUAGAUGUGAGACAGCAUCCAGUAAGUCAGCAAGCAAAAACAGAGGACAAACUGAGAAAGACGGCAGGAGAUGUCACAGUCGAGAUAGAUCUAGAGAGAGGCCACGGUCGAGAAGCAGAGACCGGGGGAGGAGGUCCAGGAGCGCCGACCGCAGCCGCUCGACCAAGAGCCCGGCUAUCUCCAUCAACAGCGACAGCACUCUGUCCAGAGGCAGGAGGCAGUCACGCUCCCAAAGCCGCGACUGCUCCCACACUAAAUGGGAGAAGACGAGGGACAAUAAAGAUAGCAGCCGAUCAGGCCGCAGCCACGACUCAUCGUCGCACUCCUAUCACUGGCACUACUACAGCCGGGAGAGUGAGAAGGACAGCAGUGCCACGCUCUACACAGAGAGGAGGUCCUACUACUCCAGCUCACACAGGAACAUCGAUUGCAGGUCCCCGAGCCAGAGUCCUGAUUCCCACCGGCGGGAUAAGAGGAGCUCCAGAAGUCGUUCCAGCACCUGUUCGCCGUCCGGCGCUCACAGGAAAUCUCGUCACGAGAAGCCCAGCGGGAAGAGAAAGUACAAAUCGAGACACCUGGAGGAACCUGCCCCCAAAGACCAGUCCUCCAAAGCCCUCGACGAGCCUCCCUCCUCCACCACCUCGUCCUAUGUGAAAGACAAGAAGAAGAGCAAAGAGAAGCGUCACAGGAAGUCCAAGGAGAAGUCUGGGGGGAAGAGGAGCAGGAGCCUCAGCGUGGAGAUCAUCUUUGAGGGCAGCUCCUCGGAGCAAACCAGGAAGCACCAGAAGAAGAAGAAGAAGCACAAGAAGAAGGGCAAGAGGCACAGGAGCAAAGAGCGCACAGGGUCCAGGAAAUACUCGCCCACUGUCAUCACCAUAGACAGCGACAGUGACCAACAUACUGCCGCAGGCGCUAACGAUGCUAACCACACCUGCCCGGUAAGCAGCAGCACAAGCAACAGCGUGCUAGCGCCUAGCACAACCACCACCACAGGCAACCCUGCAGACUCUGGCCUGCUGGAGUCCAUGUUACAAGACUGGGAACAGCAGAUUCCACCUGUGGGUCUGGACAGUGGAGUGCUGGAGGCCAAGCCUCCUAUAAAUGUUGCUGCUACUUCUGACACACCCACACAUAGUGAGGGGGUUCUGUCCCAAUCUGCCUCUGCGGAUGAGGCGAACUCUCAUAGCCCUUCAAAUGACAACACAAGUCAUUUUUUGGAAGAAUCAUAAUGCUGGCCUCGGUGGGUAGGAAGACAUUUAAUUUAAAAUUAAAAGUUCGUUUUACACCUCACUAUGUAGGAUAUUUUAUAUGUACUGUUCUGCCAAAAGGUGCUCUUUCAUUUGGGAUGUGCCAAUUUGCUGUAUGAGGUUAAAAAAAAAAAUAAAAAGGGGUCAAAGAUUGGGUUUUAUUUAUCUUAUUUACAGUGACUGUCUGUAAAGGCCUACAUUUAAAAAGUAUUUGUAUAAAGUACUUCAACUAA